UAGGAAAAACGAAGCUUCAAAUUUGCUUCAUGAAUCUGUAGUAUUAUUUUACUCCUCUAGAUGGCACUCUCUGUUCAAAAUGCACUGAAAGUAACAGUUGAAGUUACUAGGAAAAUAUACACGAAACAAAAAAUGGAUUUUUUUUGUAUUUAAAAUAACCAAAUCGCUUUGCCUUCGGUCCACCAAGCUGAAUGCUAAAAAAAAAAACAAUGCUAAAUGCUAUGUGGCAGUGUUUCACCGCAUUUGAAAAGUGCAUCAACACAUAAAAUAUAAAAUAUAACAAUACUCACUGGUAUAUAUUCUUUAUCCUCUGCAAUAAGCAAUUAUCAUGCAAGUUAUGUAGCCCUUUAUGAUCGUUUGUCUUAUCAUACAAGACUCCGGAUUCGGGAGCUGGGCCACUCGAAAUGGGGGUCCUCGAAUGACCCCUCUUCAAAGGUGAGGAAGGAAGGAUGGGAAGUGCAAAGAGAAAAGGAAGCCACGCAUUAUUUUUCCAAGAGGGCGGCAGACGCUUACGUGUUCCUCGCAGCUAGGUCCACUUUGUAUUUCAAGUACUUGAACAAGUAGCUUUGUCCUUCCAGCUGUGUUUUUUGUUUUUGUUGCUGUAUUAAAAUAGGCCUCAGUGCGUCAUCCGUUUGGGCUCAUCCUCAAGCCUGGUGCUUCCUGGAUUGGCUACCUACUAUUAUCGGGUAUUUUGACUCAGCUCACUUCAAUGCAGCAAAACAUUUGGAGUGACUUUGAACAGCAUCACAAACAGAAGUACAAGAAAGGCUGACUUUUGUUUAAUCUCAUAACAGCUAAUAAAAUUUGAGGCUGCUGCUACUACCAGCACCUUUUAAAAUUGUAUUUUUAUUGCUGGAAAAGAAUAAUAAUUGCCCUUCCGCUUCAGAAUUUCCCUUCCAAAUGGGUUCCUAUGCUGAGAAAGGACGCAAUGAGGAAGAGGGGAAAAUGGGGGAAAAAAAGCUAUUGUUUUUAGUGUGUUGUCUUUGCAGCCUUUAAGGACAAGACGUUAAUCCUCCCUGUGUGGGAGCCGCGCUCAUUAAAACACACCAGCGCGCUCGUCAUCACACCAGCUGAACUGUGACCCAUUUUGGGUGUGACCUCUCCGUUUAAGAAAGCAGGCGGCACUCUCUAUUAUUCAACAUCAUGGGAACUCAAGCUGGAAGGGGGUGGAAAAAGAAAAAAAAAAAAAAAAGCUCUGUUCUCAUGCACGAGCUGAGCGGAAUGUGAAGAAGAAAAGUGUUCUUUCAGAGCUUUUAAUGGCACGUACUCCUUCAAGCUUAACAGCAUCAGGUGCUGGAGGGCUCCCCUUUUUCACUUUCUCUUUUGAAGCUUGGUGCUAUUAUGAUUUUUACAAAUCGUUUUUGUACAUUUGAAUCCUUUACUCGUGUCAAUCGGAGGCUGUUUUGGGUUAAACAGGCGCGAUUAGCUGACAUGGGAAAAUUGUCGAUACCUAACAAUUUAAGAAUCUUAAGACUGUUUGUUGUAGCUGAAUGUGCUUUAAUUAAAUUUGUAAAAAAAAAAGGUUUUAAGGUGAUUUUGGUCAAUAAUUAUCAUUCUCGUUUGAUGCUUUACCAUGAGAAUAAAAAUAAACGAAAAAUUACUGACCUGCUACUGUGUACCUAAUUAGUUUUUGUCACUGAAUCUGUUAAAUGUUCAAAUCAUUGUUAACAGCACCACCUAGCGGUUUGCCAUUCUGUUAAUAUUUUAGAGAAGGCUAACUUAAUGUUUGUCACCUAACCCCAAUAAUUCGUAAUUUAAUAUUAAAAAAUAAAUCUACAAUGCAAAGAAGAACAACACCAAAAUAAUUCCAAUUGUAUCAGUAUUUGGGAUAACACUGCCCUCUUGUGGUCAUACGGGGCACUACAUCCGCUAUAACAAGGAGAAUAUUUUUGGCACGGUGACGCCCACAAGCACAGGUAGUCUUUCCCCCUUUUUUUUCCGAGGCAGUCAAACAAAUCCAGCAGCCUGUCACUCCCUGCAAAUAACAUGCAAAGACAUCAACGAUGGACUAAACUAGUGCAAAAAAAGGCAGACGUUGCACUUAUUUGAGACUUUUUAGAGCGCAAGUAACAAUGGGACGAUUAGUGGCUGAGCUGCUUCUGCUGCUGCUCAUUUCCACAGGACAAGUUUAUGCAGUGUCAUUUAAUGGCAACAGCGCCCCCCAGCGGCAGACAGCGGAAGCUCCCUUGACAACGCAAAGUGAUGGCGACGACUCCAACGUCCUGUUAUUGAGAAGCCUCGAGGUUUCAGAAGGAAGCUGGGCACCGUUGGAGCCCAAGCAUAUCAAGGUGAAUUUUGAUUUUACAAAGUUGGGUUUGCAUCCAUCCGACUUCAUGUUCCGGAUUGAGGAACGGCCAGUUCACGGCCAUCUGCAGCUUGACCCCAGUCCUGAAAAUCCCAAAGAGGGAGCAGUCCCAGUCCAGGGAGAGGAGACAGACUUGACCUUUAGCAUGCUUGACCUCUGGCAGGGGCGCGUGAUGUACGUUCAUAGCGGCUCAGAGGAUCUCCAUGACUACUUUACGUUCUCCAUCUUCUCAAGCUCCAACAAGAAGCUUCCUGCGUAUCUGAGGGAGCAUCACCUGUAUCGUUUUGACAUCAACAUCAGUCCUGUUAAUGAUGCGCCGGUUCUCAGCCUACCACGUGGAAAUAUUUUUAAUAUUCUUCAAAAUACCAAACGGCAGCUGACAAGAGAUAUGCUCAACGUAUCAGACCCUGAUAGCAGUCAAGCCGACUUGGUCUUCAACUCCAUGGGAAACUUUGUGGCCGGACAUCUUGAACAUAAAGAUCACCCGGACAGGGUUAUUAAAGUGUUCUCCCUGCAUGAUCUGGAAGAGGGUAAGAUUAGCUUUGUCCACACGGGGGUGUCUACCUCCAGAAUGGCACUCAGGGUCAGCGAUGGUCAGAAGUUCAGCACGACAGUCAUUUUGAGGAUUGUUGCAGUGGAGCUUGAGUACAAACUGGUGAACCACACCGGACUGGAAGUGAACCAGGGCGGAACGUCGCUCAUCACCACCAAUCGUCUUGCAGUACAAAUUAAUGUCGCUGAUCAGCCUGUGGAGAUUUUCUAUCAUGUCACAGAGCUGCCCCAAUAUGGGGAGCUCCAACGUUUACACCAAAGUAGCAAAUGGAAACCAACGAAAUCCUUCUCUCAGAAACUUCUAGAACAAGAACAAAUCCGGUACAUCAGCACUUAUCGCGGCAUCCAGCCUCAGAACGUCACCGACCGGUUCCGAUGUAAUGUCAGCAUUGGCUCAUUUGCGACAGAAGAACUCGUGUUUCCGAUCGUGGUACGAUGGAUUCAUUUUAAGGUCACAAGAAGCAAGAUGGAGGUCAACGGUGUUCUCAAAGUUGUUGUCACUCCUGAAGACUUUCAUGUGAUUACCAAGGGGGUCAAAUUGAACGAGAGUGACCUUUAUUUCAGACUUGUAACAGAACCCAAGAAAGGUCAGCUAUUUCUCAUCGAUAAACUUCUAAAAAUUGACUCCACUUUCAGCCAGAAGAAUAUCACAGAUGGCUUAGUCACGUACGAGUUGCUAGCUAAGUAUCCCGAUGACACGAGAGACAUUUGUAGCUUUCAGGUGAUUUCUGCUCUCGCCAACUCAAGUCUGGACUUCCGAAUCCACAUCAGAGCCGAGUCAACUGACUUCACCGUAGUAAACAAAGGCAUGUUCGUUGUGGAAGGAGGAAGUAAAAUCAUUACGAAAAAUAUUCUCUUUACGAACAUCGCCAGUAACCGCGAGGUUCACUACAGCAUCACGGCGCAUCCGAGACACGGUCUACUGAGGAGAAUCGACCUCUCCAACUUGACCUCCAUAAAUGACAACAUUGUAGCUUUCACCAAUCAGGAUAUCAUCGAAGAAAGGAUGAUGUACGUUCACGAUGACAGCGAGACCAAAAAAGAUUCAUUUGCGUUUCAAAUUGUGGUCUACAAAGUCAAUGGCAGGAAGGAGGAAAGACACACAGUCGAACACACCGUCAACAUCUCCAUCCAACUCAUCAAUGAUCAGCGGCCUGUUAGAGUUGUCGAUAAAGUUUUCCACGUAGCCCGAGAUGGACAGAGGUUGGUGACUUUGAGUGACCUCUGUUACCGGGAUGAUGACUCGGACUUUGAGGAUGAUCGCUUGGUGUACACCCGGAGAGGGAUUCCAAUGGGGGAGCUGGUCUUGGCCAGUGCGCCCAAUCACAAACUCUACGAGUUCACACAGCAAGAUCUCGAGCAGAAAAAUGUGCUAUUUGUACACAGUGGCGUCAGCUUUGGUCGUUUUGUCCUUUUUGUGUCAGAUGGGAAACAUUAUGUCUCUACCUUAAUGGAGGUGAAGGCCCAAGAUCCUUACCUGGAAGUGAGCAACAACACAGGCCUCAUGGUCCAGCAGGGUGGCAUAACAACUCUAACCUCAUACAAUCUCAGCGUCUUCAGCAACCUGGACAUACGAACUCCACAGCAAAUCACAUUUGAAGUUUUCCUUCCACCCAAACAUGGAGUCCUCCAAUUUAAGAAAAGUGAAGCAGCAGCAGUGGCAGGUUCUGUUUCAUCAUUCACCCAGGAGGAUCUGGAGAUGAACAACUUGAUGUAUCAGCAUGACGGCAGCCAUGAGUCAUCCGAUGGGUUUAAUAUCACUGCGAGAGCAAGAGAGCGACGUGGAGAGGGACUGGCUGAUGAUCGGAGGAAGGAGGUCCAUCUGGACAUUGGGGUGCAGAUAAAAAUCUACCUUGAAAGUCAUCAGAGGCCUCCAAGAGUCAUAAGGAAUCUUCCAGUGGUGGUGAACGAAGGGCACGAUGUUGCCUUAAGCAAGAACAAUUUAGAGGUGUUUCAUGAAGACAGCCAUUCUUCAGAGAUAGUCUUCACCAUCCAACAACCUCCAACCCUCGGAUUUAUCGAAAGGUCUUCGCCUCGGGAAAAGCGUCAACCAGAAAAUGGAAGACAUCGGCAUCUCUUCCAGGAAUUCAGACGACAGGCAACAACCUCUUUCACCCAGGAAGACAUCGACCAGGGCUUGGUCAUCUAUCGUCAGAGGACUACGGGAAGCAGCAGUAGGAACGACUCUGUUCUGUUGGAGGCCACCAAUGGCCUCACCAAGGUUGGACCAAUUCGACUGGAGAUUGAUAUUAUUCCCAAACUUCUCCCACUGAAGGUGUCUGACCUGAUCUUGGAUGAGGGGUCCUCUCUGACGAUCACAACUGACAUCAUCACGAUAGACAGUCAUCACUUCUCAGGGAGGAAUUUGCUCUAUCAAAUCAUCGGCCCUCCACGACACGGUCACUUGGAGCACAGUCGGAUCCCAGGGAUGCCCAUCUCGGCAUUCACGCACACUGAGGUGGAACGUGAAUAUAUUUCUUAUAUCCAUGAUGGCAGUGAUACAGUGAGAGACAAUUUCACCAUCAUGGCCAACCAGACGGAGAACCAGAAGCACAGUCUUCCACGUGUUGUCCACAUCAAUGUCACGCCUGUCAAUGAUGAGACACCUGUUGUUAUAAACAACCAAGGCCUGAAGGUUCGGGUGGGUUCUGUGACCGAAAUCUCUGCGGAUGAUCUAAGUGCGGAGGACUCAGACACUCCACCCGAGUUGCUCGAGUUCAUCAUCACACCGCCCAGUAACGGCUAUCUAGCUCUGAGGAGUUCCCUGUCCAAACACAUCUUGAACUUCACACAGAGUCAUAUUCAAAAUGGCCAGCUGGUAUUUGUGCACAGUGGUGCUUUAUCCGGAGGUUUCCAUUUCCAAGUUAAUGAUGGCGUGAACUUUGCCCCUCGGCAGAUCUUCAGCACGACAGCUCAUUCCCUCGUUCUAACACUACAAAGAAACCAUCCCAUUGAGGUGUACCGAGGUUCAUUGACCCCAAUUUCUGAGCAAAACCUUCAGGUGGUGACCAACGAACCCAAUGAUAUCGGAAGACACCACAUUGUGGAGUUUACCGUGACCGUUCCGCCAAAACUUGGCCGCUUGGUCCGUCACAUGCUUGACAACUCUACUCGGGACAUUUCUACAUUCACACAGAGCAUGGUGAACUCGGGGAUUAUUUUGUAUGAUCAGAACAAACCGGUUUCAGCAGGAUGGUUGGCUGAAGACACAUUUUCUUUCACUGUAUCUUCUCCUCCUGCUUUCCUGCCACCAACCACCUUCACAAUCUUGAUCUCCAAUCAGCCAAACAAUCGUCACAAUCAUCACCAUGAGAGCAAACUCUCCAACAAUGCAGGUGCUGUGGUGUCAGAGGGCGGCAGGGUUACAAUUGACAAAUCGAAACUUGAUGCAUCGAAUCUCUUGGAGAAAGUACCCAAGCCAAUCCAGAAAGACUACCAUGUCAUCUACCGGGUUAUUUCCUUGCCGCACCACGGCGCUUUGUCAAUCCAAGGACGCAACCUCACUAGGGAGCAACAGAGUUUCUCUCAGGUAGCUCUAAACGAGUUUGGCGUGACAUACAUCCAUGAUGACUCUGAGACCACAAGCGACAGUUUCACUUUCCAAGCCCGGGUGGCCCCUCUGGAUGCCUCCCCGUCUUUACCUCCGUCUCACUUAUCCGAUUCCUCCUCGUUGCCAUUCUAUUCGGCCUCGUCCUCCCUGCCGUCGGGAGACGUUGUGCCUGAUCGCCACGUCGAGGACAACCUUACAAUCACGAAGACUUUUAACAUCACGGUGACACCGGUGAAUGACCAGCCGCCAUUGACUAGCAACAAAUCCCCGAGUAUAAAAGUUGUCGUUGGGGAAAGAGUCGUUCUCGGACCGGACAGUCUUCAGGUUGAAGAUCAUGACACCCCUCCGGAGGAGCUCCAUUACCUUGUGAUUAGCAAGCCCAACAACGGCUACCUGACGCUGGGCGAAAGACCAGAACCGGUGACAUCGUUCACCCAGUAUGACGUCAACCACGGUCGGCUACAUUUUACACAGCAGGGUGAGCCAUCAACUGGAAUGUUCUACUUUAACGUCACUGACGGACACCAUCGUCCACUCUACAAAAUUUUCAGUUUGGAAGUGAUCAAGCCUUCUGUUUUCAUUGUGAACAACACCGGCCUAUCGUUAGUUCAAGGCAGGACGGCGGUGAUUCUGACGACCAAUCAGCUGGCAGCUCAAACAAACAGUCACAACCGGGCCAACAUUACCUACACGGUCACCACGCACCCUCAUCACGGACGCAUCGCUAUAAACGAUCAAGAAGUCAAGACCUUCUUCCACGAGGAUCUGCAAUAUGGCCGUGUGGUCUAUCACAUGACUGAUCUCAGCGAAUCAGAGGACAGCUUUCAGAUCUCCGUGUCGGCCUCGGCACCGGGUGUCGAGUAUGGGAACGUGAGCGCGCAGACGGUGAAGGUAGUCGUGCGGCCUCUCAUCUAUCUGCGAGAACCUGUGAGAGUCCCCAGCGGCAUUGCUGUCAAACUGGGGAAAGCCAUGAUGGAUGCCUCCGAGCUGGCGAGAAUCAGCAGAGCCAAUCCAGUCUUUGAGGUUCUGUCCCCACCCAAACAUGGAAAGCUAGUCAAGAUGACAUAUGGUCCCAACAGAGCCCCAGAAGUCCUAAAGUCGUUUACGUUCCGCGACGUGGUUCAAGGACGCGUCGCCAUCGAGGAGACGUUGAGCGACAGCCCGCUACCCAAUAACAAAUCCUCGCUCGGGACGUCGCAGGGCCACGCCCCCGCCACGCCUCGCAACGAUUCUUUCGUCUUCCUGCUGAAGGCCGGAAAUGUUCAGCCGGCCAAAGGUGAGCUUCACUUCACCAUCUUACCUCACCACCAAAUGCAUCACGGCCCGCCUGGGUUGAAAAACACGGAUAGUGUGAGUAGUGAACACAAGAUGACGUUGCUAACCACAAGGAAUAAGACAACCACUGGAGGGGGGACAGGAAUGGCGGGAAAGGAAACCCCCACGUCCAGCAGGGUGGAAAUGGAUUUGCAUCCUCACAUCCUGAUACACAAAAACCACAACAAGACCCACCACAAGCCGAGACCUCACCACCGCACGACAAAUCACACGCGGAGUCACGCCAAAAGUGGUGUGGAUGAAGCAAUGUGGCGACGGGAAUCCCCCCCGCGACCUCGCCCCCCCUCCGAGCCAGAACAUGCUCCGGCGAAGCCUCCUGACACCCGUCCGGUUCACGUGGAGGUCCUCCCUCGACCCUCCUCGGACCCUCUGCUCAUCAUCCUGCCACUUCUGGCUUGUUUACUCCUCAUUGUCAUCCUCGUGGUGUUGAUCCUGGUGUUCCGACACCAAAAGGAGAAGCAGGCUCGAAUGCGACUUCUUCAGGAGCUGGCUGCCGUGCAGUUACCCGCCGAGGGGAGCCCGGACUCGGGCCGGUCGGAGCAAAGCGUGGCUGCGCCGUCCGUGGUGGUCACCCCGCUUGGUGCUGCCAGCUGUCCCGUGUCACCGAGGGUACCGGAAGGCCCCAGGAGGCGGAGUCUGGCCCCUGGGAUGACCUUCUGGGGGCCAUUUGAUACUGAGGCUACAGGCAGUGAUGAACAUUUGAGAACUUGGCAAAGUAAUGAAAGAGUUAUUAGCAGAAAUUCAUUACCGGCCAUUUCUGUCGAAUUCAAGACUUCUCGCAGAGCCAAAUCCCCCAUACCGACGCUUCAAGGCAACCAGUAUUGGGUUUGAUUGACAUUUGGUAUUUUGAGGGAACAAUUCCUGUUUUGCUUAAAAACUGGCAUAAUUGCUUUUUAUGUGCUCAGGUCAAAGCCUUGUCGAAGAUAAAAGUUUGCUUUGCUGCAUUUUUUGUGCCAAGGAACCACAGCAUGUUGAAGAAAGGGGAGGAGCUUAAUUUACAACCACAAUAAUGAACGUGAUGGAAUGAUGUAUUUAUUUCUUCUCAAGCAGGUUUAUUUUAUUCAUCAUAUAGAAACAGAAAUACUGAGUGUAGUCAAAUGUAGCAAUAUAAUUCUAUUUUUUAAAUUGUCCCAAUAUGCAGUAAUGUAAAUACUGACUUUUGUUUUGCUUUUGCUCAAUUUUCUGCUGUCACGUGACUGCUAGUUGAACUGCUUUCACCCAUGCACAACUUUCUUUCCUUUUCUUCAUGCUCGCAUCUUACUACGUACUGUAAAAGAUUUAUUUUUCAA